AGGGCUUUCUGCCAACUAACGUAGUAGUUAAAGAAACAACCUUCCAAACUUGGUCAUUUUCCACCCUCCAACAGAAACAAGUUGAAGGAUCCCCUUUAAACACAGUAAAUCACCCCCAGGGUCUCGUGUUCAGUCCAUUAUCCGUCCAGUUAUAGUUCGAAGCAACUGUUUUGGGAUCGAGGACGUGUUUAUCGCACUAUGGGGAAUGGCAGAACGUACACGAGAGGACUGUGUAUCACUUUCAAUGUCCUGCUUCUGGUAUCUGGGGUAUUUCUGUUCGUAGUUGGGGUUUCAUACAGCUUCCAACACCCUCCUGAGUUUGACCAUCGCAGUACCCUCCAUGAGAUGUACGUACUAAAUGUGUUUGGACCCAUGACGGUGCUGUUCUCCAUCCUGGGAGGCUACGCUGCCUACAGAGACAAGAGAAUACUGCUGAUCCUGUAUGUUGUCUUCAUGACCUGUGAAUUCAUAGCCAUCGUCAUCAUCGCUGUGCCGAUGCUUCGUGCCCAACCAAAGAUGGAGGAGAUUCUGGACAGAAGGUUUCACUCUGUGACUCCUCUUCACGAUACUGAACCGCAGGUCCAGAGGGAGCUGAACAAACUCCAGGCAUCAGAUCAAUGCUGUGGACUGCGUGGCCACUCAGACUGGGGUUGUCACAUUCCACUCUCCUGCUACUGUCCUCCACUCCCUCCAGACAACUCAUUGGACAGUCUAUGUGAGACUGUAAAUCUAGGCCUACAGAACACUAUGCUAAACUGUCAGCACAAUAACACACACGGACAAACUACAACUUCAGUGUCCCAGGAGCGCUGGGUGUACAGCAAGCCUUGUGGUCCCAUCCUGAAGAGACACAUGAACUUCCUGAUUCAGAUCAUGAUCGGAUUCAUCUCUACAUUUGCCACCAUUAUGAUUGCUGCCAUAGUGAUGUCUCUGGUAGUGCUGGCCCUCCAGAUACGGUCCACAGAGCCACCGCUCAACGACAGCCUCGACAGAGUCAAGUACCAACUCAGUCCUCUAGCUGUCACCUGACCUCAGCGUCAACACCACAGAUAACCCUGCUCUGCACGAGGACGAGAACUUGAUUCAUAUAUACCAAACUGUUAUCCUCCUGCUGGUAUUUUGUUUGGAACACUAGCUAUAGUGAAAAUCAACACACGGCUAAAUUCCAGUGCCUGAAACUUUCCAGUGCCUGAACUCAAAUGAAAAACAAACACAUGGCUAAAUUCCAGUGCCUGAAACGUUCCAGUGCCUGAACUCAAAUGGAAAAAAAAAACACAUGGUGUGGCUCUCAUCCCACCUCUUCCCUGCUGUACAGUUUGGUUAAAGUCUGGGUUUCGUUUGAUUUCCUGUACAUGAUAAAUGCCAAUUGUUCCCCUCAGAUCUAACUAUUGUACCUUGUUUUUAAAGUGCAUAAAAAAAAAUCUGAAACUGCAUGUUAAUAAUGAGUGUAUAUAAGUGUGGUAUGACAAUGGUAAAUGAACAAGCCAUUAUGAAUAUCUGUUCAACAUGCUGAAAGGUUUGUCAUCCUCACAACAACAAGCAUCAUGUCAGUAAACAACCAGCUCAGAGUUAAUAAA